AUGUCUGAGAGUCAAGAUCCCUGAUCCAGAGACAAUGGCCCCGAUGGAAUGGAGCCUGAAGGCGUCAUCGAGAGUAACUGGAAUGAGAUCGUUGACAGCUUUGAUGACAUGAACCUCUCAGAGUCCCUCCUCCGUGGCAUCUACGCCUAUGGUUUUGAGAAGCCCUCUGCCAUCCAGCAGCGAGCCAUUCUUCCUUGUAUCAAGGGUUAUGAUGUGAUCGCUCAAGCCUAAUCUGGGACAGGAAAAACAGCCACUUUUGCCAUAUCGAUUCUGCAACAGAUUGAAUUGGAUCUAAAGGCCACUCAGGCCUUGGUCCUGGCACCUACUAGAGAAUUGGCACAGCAGAUACAGAAGGUAGUCAUGGCUUUAGGAGAUUACAUGGGUGCCUCCUGCCAUGCCUGCAUUGGUGGUACCAACGUGCGUGCAGAGGUGCAGAAGCUGCAGAUGGAAGCUCCCCAUAUCAUCCUGGGCACCCCAGGAUGUGUAUUUGACAUGCUUAAUCGCAGAUACCUGUCUCCCAAAUACAUCAAGAUGUUUGUACUGGAUGAAGCUGACAAAAUGUUAAGCCGUGGGUUCAAGGACCAGAUCUAUGACAUAUUCCAAAAGCUCAACAGCAACACCCAGGUGGUAUUGCUGUCAGCUACAAUGCCUUCCGACGUGCUUGAGGUGACCAAGAAGUUCAUGAGGGACCCCAUUCGGAUUCUUGUCAAGAAGGAAGAGUUGACUCUGGAGGGUACCUGUCAAUUCUACAUCAAUGUGGAAAGAGAGGAGUGGAAGCUGGACACAUUGUGUGAUUUAUAUGAAACCCUCACCAUCACCCAGGCAGUCAUCUUCAUCAACACGCAAAGAAAGGUUGAUUGGCUCACUGAGAAGAUGCACGCCCGAGACUUCACCGUCUCUGCCAUGCAUGGAGACAUGGACCAAAAGGAACGAGAUGUAAUCAUGAGGGAGUUCCGCUCUGGCUCUAGCAGAGUAUUGAUUACCACUGACCUGCUGGCCAGAGGCAUUGAUGUGCAGCAGGUUUCUUUAGUCAUCAACUAUGACCUUCCCACCAACAGGGAAAACUAUAUCCACAGGUGAGUGUGUUUGCCCAGCCCUCAUGCCCAGUCCUCGCUGGGCUGAAGCUUGUUUUCUCUUUACUGUGUCCCCA